AUGUCAUUUGCGUCCCGAGUAACAUUUGCUGUCUCCUGCGUCGCGACCGUAGGAAUUAUUGCUUACGUACAUAUUGAACAAGCCUUAGAGCGAGAACGAAUAAGUGCCACUGUGCGAGAAGAAAUCGAGGCUACGAAGGCUCUCAUAAGAGACCGAAUAGAGUUAGAAAAGCCCUUCAAAAUAACAAUGCAGCAAGCAUUAAAGGUUCGAGUUCCGUUUCCAACCAAAUCUGCCGCUGAAAUUGCAUUUCGUUCUCUGAGAGUUGAUGCAGAACCCCAACGUUCAACUGUUUCUGUACAGCUAUCUGUUGAAGAAAACUUCCUCUGUGCAAAAUUCACUGCUGAUACUUUAUUCGAGUCUAACUUGGACUCUAUUUCGCAGUUGAAGAAGCUUCGCAUAACAAUUAAUCAUUGGCUUGAUUCAAUAUUCUUGAUUUGUGAAACUAUGGCCGAGUUUGGCGAUCCUCCUGCAGAUAUGCCUGAACCAAUCUGGGUUUUGUUGAUGCGCAAACUAGUCGCGUCUACUGUGACAGAAUUUGCUCAUUUUGUAGAUAUGAGUGAUCAAUUGGACGCCUUGUUUUUGAACAUUGCACAGAACUGUCCUGAUGGUAUCAGAGGGAUGCUGGAUGCCUUUUUCGGCUUCCUUUCCCGCAGAACGGACUUCUACUACGGUGCUGCAAUAACUGAUGCAAAGCAACUCGUCCUAGAGCAAUUCGAGAAGCACAAGACUGCUGCUCUAAACCGCCACAAACGAGAGAAGGAGGAAAUGAAAGCCAAAGAGGAACGCGAGAAGCGUCGUCGUGCCGAACGCGCGGAAGAGGCUCUCCGAAAAUCCGCUGAUAAUGACAUUCAUAGCGGUGUGGUGAUAGAGGAGGUAAAGGACGACGAAGAGGCGGAAGAGAUGAUGAAGUCGGAGGGAGAGGAGAAAGAGGAGUCGGCGAAGUUAAGCCCGAAGGGAGACGAGGAGAGUAAGGAGAGUGCGCCGAUUAAGCCCGUUAAAGUGGGGCCUCUUGCCGAAGGGGAGGAGGAGGAUGAGGAGGACAAAGGCAAGCUAAAGCCCAACGAUGGAAAUGGUGCUGAUCUUGAUCGCUAUCGAUGGACUCAGACUCUUCAAGACUUGGAAGUUAGAAUUCCAAUUAGGUUGGGUAGGCGGAUUAAAAGCCGCGACGUUGUGGUAGAAUUCAAACGAAGGCAUUUAAAGGUCGAACUCAGGGGUCAGGAGCCAAUUCUUCAGGGCGAACUUUACAAUGAAAUUAAGACAGAGGAGUCCUCUUGGACCCUGGAUGACGGAUUGGAGAUAGUGCUGAGUCUAGAGAAGGUCGACAAGAUGUCCUGGUGGUCGUGUGUGGUGAAGGGUGAGCCGGAGAUCAACACAAGGCGUGUGCAGCCGGAGAACUCUAAGCUCGGUGACCUAGACGGAGAGACACGGGGCAUGGUGGAGAAGAUGAUGUACGACCAACGACAAAAGCAGCUUGGGAAACCCACCUCCGAUGAGCAGAAGAAGCAGGAGUUAUUGAAAAAAUUCAUGGAUGCGCAUCCUGAGAUGGAUUUCUCUAAGUGCAGGUUUGAUUGA